CCGUGGUACUAUUCUCGCACCUAUACUACUCCUCUUACCCGAACCACUUUCUUCCUUCAAUUUAACGGUUCUAUACUUGUACACUCUCUGCUGCGGCUUGUCAAAGUUGUCAUGGUGAGUCGUGUUUUCAGUUGUCCUUCCUACAUUUGAGUACAUCCACACUUGCUGGUUGUGUCCCAUCUUCGUUGCUUCUCAUUAUGCUUAUAUAUAUUCUAGCACCUGGGGAGGCUCACAGUAUCAUCACUUAACGGCAGUCACCCUUCCAGCAUCUCCAACUGGUCACCGUCCCCCAUGUCCCAAAUCCCUUACCAGCUCCGGACGCCUGGUGCAUCAGAAAUAUUGCCAAGACUAUAUGUCUCAGACCUAUCUUUCGCAGAGAACCCUGCCGCCCUCGCCUCACUGGGUAUAACCCACAUCCUCUCAGCAAUGCGCGGAUACGUCGCAAUACCCCAUGACCUACCCAUACAUCGUAUCCAAUACCCCCUCGAGGAUCUUCCAUUCUCCGAGCUCGCCGCUCACCUUCCAUCCGCAACUGCUUUUAUCCGCAGCGCACUGCACGACCCCAAUGCACGGAUUCUUGUGCACUGCAUGGAAGGAGUGAGCCGCAGCACCAGCGUGGUUUGUGCGUUCCUCAUAUCGGAGUACGGCUGGACUCCAGCACAAGCUAUCCAAUACGUCAAAACAAGACGAAGAUCCGCGGAACCCAAUUUUGGAUUUGUACAGCAGCUGCAAGAGUACGCAGACACGUUACGGCGUUGAUCAUGAUAGUUGCGGGGGGGCAGGAAAUAUGGACAUAUGUGCUUCCGACGGCCAUCAGAUGGGUGUUAGAAGAUUGUUUGACAAAGCUUGCAUCACUCCUUUGCAUUCACACAUACGCAAAAGUUCUGUAUCAUCUGUAUGCCCAGGACGCCCUAGCGCGGGAUUUCAUUGAACAUUUCAGAUACAGUACGAGUCUCAUAAUUCUGCGCAUCUUCGGUAAUACAGA